AACAUGAUGCUGUCGCAUAUUCAGCUGGCGCACCUAAUAUUUACUGUGCUACACAAGCUGGUAUACUCAGUUCUUUACUUUUGUUCAGCAUUUGUGAUACUUAUUCGAUCAAUUGAUGACUUUGACUGAGAAGGAAGAUACCUCUGGUGUCGUAGUGACCACAGAGUUUCUGCCUGACCAUGGACUAUACGACGACAUUCGAGAGAAGAAAGUCGAUGUCGUUGUUACGGAAACCGAGGGUCUUAUGAUUCAUAGCUAUGAGCAUAUCAUUGAACGUAUCAAAAGCUCUGGUGAUAUGGACGAUUUGCUCUCUGAGGACGCGGACUUCGUCAUUGAAAAGUUGCAGAGUAUGGAUCCUGCUGAGGCUUUGGAGGUUCUUGCAGCUGCGAUCGACUACCACUCGAAUGAUAUCAACUUUCCAGCAGCGACCAUGGCCAAGAUUCAACGUCUGGUACAGGGUGUUGAGGCUUAUGAUGAGGGCGAGGUUGUGUAUGAUCUUGACAUCCGCCUGGAGGCUAGCAUGAUCAAAUACUACUCUCCUUACCCGGAAGUACGAUCUGUUGUUGGCCCUCUUGAUGAUCCUACGAUUCCUGUGGAGACCUUCCGAGUUUAUCUGGUCGCCAUGGUCUGGGUCGUCAUUGGUGCCUUUGUCAAUCAGAUCAUGACCUAUCGUCGUCCAUCAAUUUCUCUCUCGUCGCAGGUUAUCCAGAUUUUGAUCUUUCCGUGUGGCCGUUUCAUGCAGUAUGUGCUACCGAAGAAGAAGAUCGGAUUCGGAAGAUAUAAAGUCGAUCUAAAUCCCGGACCUUGGUCUUUCAAGGAGCAGGUAUUCUGCAGUAUUAUCGUCAACUGUGCCGCCACUGCGAGUAUCUUCAACAGCUACAUGCCCACUAUGCGUCUCGAAAUGUUCUACAAUCAGUCUUGGAUGAACUACUCGUACUCGGUUCUUAUGGGAUUGGCUGUUCAGUUUUUUGGAUUUGGGAUGAGUGGUUGCUUGAGACGAUGGGCAAUCUAUCCAACAAAGGCUGUUUGGCCUACUGUCCUCCCUGUGUUGCAGCUUAAUAGGACACUUCUGAUUCCGGAAACCAAAAGGAAUAUCAACGGUUGGACUAUCAGCAAGUACAGAUUAUUCUAUAUCUUGCUCUUGUGCUCGCUGGUAUAUCUGUUUCUCCCGGACUUUCUCUUCAAGGCAUUGAGCACUUUUAAUUGGAUGACUUGGAUUGCUCCAAACAACAAGAAUCUAGCCUACGUCACAGGCUCCUUGAUUGGCGUUGGUUUCAAUCCUAUUCCGACAUUUGACUGGUCUGUCGUCAAUUAUUCCAGGCCUCUUGUUGUCCCUUUCUUUUCGACAGCAAACCCAUUUUUUGGCUCCGUGCUAGGAGGCUUGAUUGUACUCAUCUGUUACUACACCAAUUACAAGUACUCGGCAUAUCUUCCGCCGAAUACAAGCACCGUUUACGACCGAUUUGGAAACUCUUACAACACGUCACGGAUUUUGACUGUUGACCAGCAAUUCAACGUUACCGCAUACAGGGACUACUCGCCUCCUUACAUCUCUGCGGGCCAGAACAUGUAUCAAGCUACUGCUUAUACUAUAUACACAUUUGCGUUUGUGUAUGUCUUUGCCAGUGAGUGGCAUACUAUGGUUGAGGCCCUCAAAGGUUUCUAUCAUGGACUGAGAUAUCGAACUGGAUCAAACUACGACCGAUACUCUGAUCCCAUGUCCACGCAUAUGAGAAACUAUAAGGAAGUUCCUGACUGGUGGUAUCUGGCGUUGCUAAUUGCUUCAAUCGGGGUUGGUAUUGCAGCGGUAGGAGCGCCGGCGUUCCCCACACAGACCCCGGUUUAUGUUGUUGUCGUUGCGGUUGUAGUAGCUGUUGGCCUACUUAUUCCGUUCAUUGUUCUUUACUCUACUACCGGAUACUUCAUGUCUAUCAAUAAUUUGGGAACCAUUCUUGGAGGAUAUCUACAACCUGGAAACGGACUCGCUUGUAUUUACACCCGUACUUUUGCGUUUGGUGUAGAUGAGCAAUCGGAGUUAGUUGUUGGGGAUCUGAAGAUGGCACACUAUGCUAAAAUUCCUCCGCGUGCUGUCUUCCGAGGUCAGUUCAUUGGCACUUUGAUCAUGAUCUUUGUGACAUCUGGUGUGGUUGAGAUUCUGGUCGGCAUGGAAGACUUUUGCAGCUUUCAGAACAAAUCAAAGUUCGUCUGUACGUUUGCACACACUCUUUAUGCCGACUCCCUUUUGAUGGGCGUUAUUGGCCCCGCUAGAACAUUUGGGGAGCUUUACCCGAUGUUCAAAUGGGCUUUUCUUAUCGGUGCGUGUAUGGCACCGCCAGUGUUUUUGAUACGCAAGCGUUUUUUGCGAUAUCUCAGAUUCUUCCAUCCUGUCCUCUUCAUGGGCGGACUUCUACGAUAUGGAUCUACCUACAACCUAUCUUACUAUCUUCCGGGUUUCUACGCGUCUACUGCUUUUAUGUGGUACGCCAAAACGCGCUAUCUGGCUUGGUGGUCAAAGUACAACUACAUCAUAUCUUCAGGUAUGGCUGCUGGUGUAGCUUUCGGUUCUAUUUUGAUCUUUCUCGCGCUACAGCUUCACCCUGUGAAGCUCGAAUGGUGGGGAAAUACCGUCCAAGAUGCAGGCAUUGACGGAGACGGUUCUGUUCCUUUGAUGGAUUUGCCGGAGCAGGGAUGGUUUGGUCUUCCUCCCGGAUCGUGGCAGUAGGUUUUUGUUGCUGAAGGGUUAUAAUACAGAGGGAUGAUUACAUGCAAGAUGUGGCAUGCUCUGGAUGGUUAUGGACUAGUUGAGAUCUGUGUGUGCAGAGUGGAUGAUGAAGUGAAUGCGGCGGGU